CAGACUAUAAGAGCUCCCCAACUUUUUCCUUCAACCCAACUCAAAGUUGCUUGGAAUCCCGGAUACCAAGUUAUUUCCCUGAGAAUAAGCAACGCACGCUUGGAAUUGUAUUUCACCCUCAUGAGGGAAUAACGUCUUGGAUCGCACGCGCUUUCAGCAGACUAGAACGAGAUGCCCGAAGAGCCCGCGCGAGACUCCUCCAGCUCCCCCGUGUCUCCCGCGGACAGCCUCAGCAACAGCGACGGAGAGCCCGACAGGCCACCGAAGAGGUGCGGAAGGAAAAGACGGACGAGCAGGAAAAACGGGGAGGAUUCCGAUAGCUCGACCCUUGGGAAAAGGGGGAAAAAGUCUAGCAACAGCAGCAACAGUCCUCAGUCUUUCGAGGAGCUGCAGACGCAGCGCGUAACGGCGAACGUGCGGGAGCGACAGAGGACGCAGUCGCUCAACGAAGCGUUUGCGGCUUUGCGCAAAAUCAUCCCCACUUUACCCUCCGACAAACUGAGCAAAAUACAGACGCUAAAACUCGCCUCCAGGUACAUCGAUUUUCUCUGUCAGGUUCUACAGAGUGACGAGCUGGACUCCAAGAUGGCAAGUUGUAGUUAUGUUGCUCACGAGCGUUUGAGCUACGCGUUCUCAGUUUGGAGGAUGGAGGGCGCAUGGUCCAUGUCUGCAUCUCACUAGUGUGCAGGGAAACUUUUUUUUUUGUUUUCAAAUGGUGAAAGCCAAGAGCUGGGAAAACUCGAGGACCAAUGCGCCGACGCAAUGCUAGAUUCCUUCAUAAUCUUGGGG